GAAGGUAUUCGAGGCCUUCAAUGUGUCUACCUCGAGCUCCAAGGUAGCCGAAGGCGAAUCCAAGUAUCAGCCCAAUUCCCAGUCGCACUAUAAUGAAGUAAUGAUGGAGGAAGAGAUAAAACUAACACUCGGAAUCCUUCCUUCGGGCGCAUCCCUUCUCCUCCUUACUUUUACUCAAGUCAAACAGCUAUGUUCCUAUUGGCGUUAUUCUUUACCUCUUCCUAAUGAAGCGCUCCAAUCAUCCGUAUUCGAAUCCUUAUCGCCAAUCGAAUUCGAUGAUAUUGAUUCGCUAGCGGCCAAGUUACGCUCGCUAGCACCAAAGAGCAGAGGCGAUCGAAGAGAUACGUCUCGAGACAACAAGGGCUUUUGCCAAUCGGUCGAUCUACAGGAAGGUAGCAAACGUGGAGUAUUUGAAAAUGUGCGACUGCUUCGACAGCUUGCUACAAAAAGAAUUCCGCCGCCUCCCUCUACUGCAGGAUUAGGAAACACGAUUCACGAACCAUAUGCUCAGUUUUCAAUCCCCCAGAAUUUGGAUAAAACUCUAUUGCCUCGGAUCCAAGUCGCGGCAUUUGCGUACACACUCUGGUCUGUUGGUAUGGGUAGUCUAGAUCUCCUUGAUGUGGCCUGGGCGAGAGCUGAAGGGGGCAUGCAUGAUUUGCGAGCUUCUCGUGACGGAGGGGGGGAACAAGUGGACUUUGGCUGGAAUUCGUAUAAAAACCAGUCAGGAUUGAUCAAGAAGACGUUUCCAAGGUCAAGGGUACAAGCUCAGAAGGAUCCCGACUUUGGGCCGUGGCUCUUCCGAAAGCUCUUGGGGUUCCAGAUGUCAAAUUAUGCUUCUUCGUCGACUAAUCAUUCGAGUUCUAUACCAGAUGGAAUGUCUGUAAGGCGGAACUGGUACUCAAGGAUGGAGAUGGAUCAAGGACGCAGGAUUAAGAAAUUUGUUAAGGGAUGACUCAUAUGGCAAUCUUGACCCCACUCGCGACGUGAUUAACACUCAUAAUCGUCCAUCCGACAACGGAUACAAAUCCAAAUACGAUUCUCGUACAGGCAAUUCUAUAUACCCCAGAAACUCCGGCAGAAGAUCCCCUUCUUCAUCUGCGUCAUCG